AACCCCUGGCUCCUGGCUCUCGGCUGGCCGGACCGCUCCGCUGCCCAGUCUUCCCUCUCAGACUGCUCCAGAUGGAUAUCGCCGUUCACCACCCUUUCUUCCGCAGGCCCCUGUUUUCCUCCUGGUCACCGAGCCGCCUCUUCAACCAGACUUUUGGGGACCACCUUGCAGAAUCGGAACUGUUCCCCCACAGCUCGGCACUUAGCCCUUUCCUGUUGAGGCCCUCUCUCCUCAGGAUCCCCGGCUGGCUAGAGAGCAGAUUCUCGGAGCAGAUGCAACUGGAUAAAGACAAAUUCUCUGUAAAUAUUGACGUGAAGCAUUUCUCUCCAGAGGACUUAAAAGUCAAGGUUGUGGGAGAUACAAUCGAAAUCCAUGGGAAACAUGAGGAACGACAGGAUGAACAAGGCUUUGUAGCCAGAGAGUUCAGCAGGAAAUACAAGAUCCCAGCUGAUGUGGAUCCCUUCUCCAUCACUUCUUCCCUCUCUUCGGAUGGUGUUCUGACCGUGAAUGGGCCAAGGAAACCAUCAGAAGUCCCAGAGCGCACCAUCCCCAUCACCCGGGAGGACAAAUCUGCCCUAGUAGUGGGGCCAAGGAAGUGAACGACUCUUCGAGCCCCGCUCUUUUAUAUCCAAGGAAGCCUUUCUGUCUGUUCACAGCGGUGGGGGGUCUCUGACUGGCUGCUCUUAUUUAUUCGUGCUGAGAUACGCAGAGGAGCUUGUGUACUGACAAAUAAACCAACGUGUAUGAGCA